GUGAAAGAGAGCAGCCCGGCGAGCCCGGGUCCUGAGCUUGGACCCUCCGUGGAACGGGGCAGUGUCGCCGCUGCUUCGCCUCAGCAAACAUCCCCACCUCCAUUACCAUCAGCAUCUGCUGGAAAGACCCACAGCCCCACCAUUCAGCGCGCAAGAUACCCUCCAGAUAUGCCCUGCGUCCAAGCCCAGUAUAGCCCUUCACCUCCAGGUUCCAGUUAUGCGGCGCAGCCCUACGGCUCGGAAUACAGCACGGAGAUCAUGAACCCGGACUACGCCAAGCUGACCAUGGACCUCGGCAGCACCGAGAUCGCGGCCACUGCCACCACGUCCCUGCCCAGCUUCAGUACCUUCAUGGAGGGCUACUCGAGCAGCUACGAACUGAAGCCCUCCUGCCUGUACCAAAUGCAGCCGGCUGGGCCGCGGCCCCUGAUCAAGAUGGAGGAGGGCCGGGCGCACGGCUACCACCAUCACCACCACCACCACCACCACCACCACCACCACCACCAGCCGCAGCCGCAGCAGCAGCAGCCGUCCAUUCCGCCCCCAUCCGGCCCGGAGGCCGAGGUGCUGCCGAGCACCUCCAUGUACUUCAAGCAGUCCCCGCCAUCCACCCCCAGCACGCCGGGCUUCCCUCCACAGACGGGGGCGCUGUGGGACGACGCGCUACCGCCGGCGCAGGGCUGCAUCGCGCCGGGGCCACUGCUCGACCCGCCCAUGAAGGCGGUGCCUGCGGUCGCCGGGGCGCGCUUCCCGCUCUUCCCCUUCAAACCCUCGCCGCCGCACCCGCCCAGGGCGGCGGCGCUGGCCUUCCCACCGCUCGGCCUGGCCGCGUCGCCCGCCGCGUCGGGCCUGCUGGGCGAGAGCCCCAGCCUGCCGUCGCCGCCCAACCGGAGCUCGUCGUCGGGCGAGGGGACGUGCGCCGUGUGCGGGGACAACGCCGCCUGCCAGCACUACGGCGUGCGCACCUGCGAGGGCUGCAAGGGCUUCUUCAAGAGAACAGUGCAGAAAAAUGCAAAGUACGUUUGCCUGGCAAAUAAAAACUGUCCAGUAGACAAGAGGCGUCGGAACCGUUGUCAGUACUGUCGAUUUCAGAAGUGUCUCAGCGUCGGGAUGGUAAAAGAAGUUGUCCGGACAGAUAGUUUGAAAGGGAGGAGAGGUCGGCUGCCUUCCAAACCAAAGAGCCCGUUACAGCAGGAACCCUCACAGCCCUCCCCACCCUCUCCUCCGACCUGCAUGAUGAACGCCCUUGUCCGCGCUUUAACAGACUCGGCACCCAGAGAUCUUGAUUAUUCCAGGUACUGUCCCACCGAGCAGGCCACCACAGGCACCGACGCCGAGCACGUGCAGCAGUUCUACAACCUCCUGACGGCCUCCAUUGACGUCUCCAGGAGCUGGGCAGAAAAGAUCCCAGGAUUUACUGAUCUCCCCAAAGAAGAUCAGACCUUACUUAUAGAAUCAGCCUUUUUGGAGCUGUUUGUCCUCAGACUUUCCAUCAGGUCGAACGCUGCUGAAGAUAAGUUUGUGUUCUGCAAUGGACUUGUCCUGCAUCGACUUCAGUGCCUUCGUGGAUUUGGGGAGUGGCUCGACUCCAUUAAAGACUUUUCCUUAACUUUGCAGAGCCUGAACCUGGAUAUCCAAGCCUUAGCAUGCCUGUCAGCACUGAGCAUGGUCACAGAACGACAUGGGUUAAAAGAGCCAAAGAGAGUGGAGCAGCUGUGCAACAAGAUCACCGGCAGCCUGAAAGGCCAGCAGGGCCAGGGCCAGGCGCUGGAGCCCACCGAAGCCAAGGUCCUGCGUGCCCUGGUGGAGUUGCGGAAGCUCUGCACCCUGGGCCUCCAGCGCAUCUUCUACCUGAAGCUGGAGGACUUGGUGGCUCCGCCCUCUGUCAUUGACAAGCUCUUCUUGGACACCCUGCCUUUCUGA